UUUCGUUUUCUUCGUACCACCAGUUACUUUCCUCCUUGGGGAAAGUCGUGUUUGUGUUUUCUGUUGCUGUCCGAUUCUUAUUUUCUGUAUAGAAAUGGCAAGUUAUAAGCUAAGGAUAAAAGAAUUUAGUUCAAUACUUUCUGCUGCAAAAGUUGAUAUAUCAAGAUUAAAAGCACUUUGCUUUAAUGGAAUACCAGAUGAUGGCAAAUACAGAGCUUUAUGUUGGAGGAUUUUACUUAAUUAUUUGCCACUUGUAAGAGAAGAAUGGCCUUCUGAACUGCAAAAACAAAGGAAUUUAUAUAACCAUUUCAUAGAAGAAAUGAUAAUUACGCCAGGUCUUAGUUAUAAAAGUGAAUCUCCCAGUGAAAAAAUAGAAGACCAUCCUUUAAAUCCUAAUCCAGAAAGUAAAUGGAAAACAUAUUUUAAGGAUAAUGAAGUACUCUUACAGAUUGAUAAAGAUGUUAGUNCACUUGUAAGAGAAGAAUGGCCUUCUGAACUGCAAAAACAAAGGAAUUUAUAUAACCAUUUCAUAGAAGAAAUGAUAAUUACGCCAGGUCUUAGUUAUAAAAGUGAAUCUCCCAGUGAAAAAAUAGAAGACCAUCCUUUAAAUCCUAAUCCAGAAAGUAAAUGGAAAACAUAUUUUAAGGAUAAUGAAGUACUCUUACAGAUUGAUAAAGAUGUUAGACGCUUAUGUCCAGACAUAUCAUUUUUUCAACAACCGACAGAUUAUCCUUGCAUACAAAUUGUAGAAAAUACAGAAGUUGAAUCAUUUAGGGAAAGAGUAAAGCAAACUGCAUUAAGUUCUGCAAAUGUUAUUCGCAGUAGAGCUGGAAUUACAAAUAUUUCACUUUCUAAAAAAAGAGCACAUGAUGAAUAUCAGUAUUUGCCUCAAGGCCAAGAAGCACAUUGGGAGGUGGUAGAACGAAUAUUAUUUCUCUAUGCAAAAUUAAAUCCAGGUCAAAGUUAUGUUCAGGGAAUGAAUGAAAUAAUUGGACCAAUUUAUUAUACAUUUGCUUCCGAUCUUAAUCCUGAAUGGAGUAGGUAUGCUGAAGCUGAUUGUUUCUUCUGUUUUACUAACCUUAUGUCUGAAAUUAGAGAUUUUUUCAUUAAAUCUCUAGAUGAGUCUUCUAGUGGAAUUGGUUCAAUGAUGAAUCGACUAAUGAAUAUGUUAAAUCACUAUGAUUAUGAUGUAUGGUUUCGUUUACAAGAAUUAGAAUUAAUGCCGCAAUAUUAUAGUUUCAGAUGGAUAACACUUUUAUUCUGA